UUUCCCGCCUGAGGCGCUUGAUGAUUGGUCACGGUCGGUCGCGGCCGGGGAUCUGGGGUGCCCGGGUCCCAGCGGCUUCUGCAGGGUCGCUUUGGGCUGUGCAGCCAGCCACUCCCGGCGGAAAGUUCGACUUCGGCUCUGGAUGACAAGUUGGCGUGACGGAGAUGCCUUCUAACUUUCCCUGGGUGGGGACUGACAUUCCUUGCGAGCUGCUGGCGGGGCUCCCGGGCAGCGUCCGCACCCCGCGGUCAUGCUCCCAGCCCUCGACCCCCAAGCCGGGUCCGCAGUGCGCGAUGGUUUAGGGCCACGAGCCGAGGGGUUCUCGCAGCCCGGCGACCCCUGUCCCUUCCAGCGGGGGAUUCGCUGACGCAGCGAGUCGCCGGCUGGUGCCUUGCCGGGGAUGGAACGAGGACAUGCGGGGAGAGCCGGGGUGCGGAGGAAACGCUGUGUCAUCUCCUGGGGCCGCGGGCUGUAGAGAGAGUCCGCGUCCCCGGGAGCCCGCCUCAGCCCCCUCCCCCGGUGCGACCUCCGAGACGGGUCUCUGGCACCCGGGCCCUGGCGCGACCGAGCUCUCGGCUCUGUCCGACCCGGUCGGUCUCUUCGGAGCACGGUGACAGUGGCCCUUUUACUCGGGGACCCUCGACAGGGCGUCGCUAACUCGCCCUCGGCCGCGGAGACGGGGAUCGAACCCACAGCCCGGACGUGCGGCGAGGGCUGAAGGCUUGGAGGGGCCGUACCCACGCUCCGGGCCGCCUCGUACCCUCCGUCCUCUACUGCCUCCAGCGCCGAGGAGGUGGACUUUAUUAGGAAAAGGGCCGAGAGGCUCCGCUGAAGCGAACCGGGCUUGCCUUGGGUGGGGGGCAGCGGAGGCGGACAGAAAGAAGUUUGCAGGAAGAAAGGAAAUUGUACAAAGACAUCCUUCUACGGUCGAUUCAGGCACUUCUUGGAUAUUAUCGAUCCUCGUACACUCUUUGUCACUGAGAGACGUCUCAGAGAGGCUGUGCAGCUGCUGGAGGACUACAAGCAUGGGACCCUGCGCCCAGGCGUCACCAAUGAACAGCUCUGGAGUGCACAGAAAAUCAAGCAGGCUAUUCUACACCCAGAUACCAAUGAGAAGAUCUUCAUGCCCUUUAGAAUGUCAGGUUACAUUCCUUUUGGAACGCCAAUUGUAGUUGGUCUUCUCUUGCCCAACCAGACACUGGCAUCCACUGUCUUCUGGCAGUGGCUGAACCAGAGCCAUAACGCUUGUGUCAACUAUGCAAACCGCAACGCUACCAAGCCUUCUCCUGCGUCCAAGUUCAUCCAGGGCUACCUGGGAGCUGUCAUCAGUGCCGUCUCCAUCGCCGUGGGCCUUAAUGUCCUGGUUCAGAAAGCCAACAAGUUCACCCCGGCCACCCGCCUUCUUGUCCAGAGAUUUGUGCCGUUCCCCGCUGUAGCCAGUGCCAACAUCUGCAACGUGGUCCUGAUGCGGUAUGGGGAGCUGGAGGAAGGCAUCGAUGUCCUGGAUGGUGAUGGCAACCUCGUGGGCUCCUCCAAGAUUGCAGCCAGACAUGCCCUGCUCGAGACGGCGCUGACGCGGGUGGUCCUCCCCAUGCCCAUCCUGGUGCUCCCCCCUAUCGUCAUGUCCAUGCUGGAGAAGACGGCUCUCCUGCAGGCACGUCCCCGGCUCCUCCUCCCAGUGCAAAGCCUUGUAUGCCUGGCGGCCUUCGGCCUGGCCCUGCCACUGGCCAUCAGCCUCUUCCCGCAGAUGUCAGAGAUUGAGACAUCCCAGUUAGAGCCUGAGAUUGCCCAGGCCACAAGUAGUCGGACAGUGGUGUACAACAAGGGGCUGUGAGUGGUGGCCCGCCGGCCUGGGGCUGGAGCUUGAUCCAGGCCGGGCAGUUGGGGGAGGGGACGGAGUCUCUGGGGCUGCACCUGCGGGGAGGGGCAAGCUAACCCCACCGGUCCUGAGCCACCCCCCCCCCCCCCCCCCCCCCCGCAGAGGAAGGGAGACUAAUCUAUUCACAUGUUAACAUACGGGAGAGGAAUUCUGACACAUUUCCUAUAAAAAAUAAUCAAGUGCAUUUCUGGGCCUUAGGUGGGGUUGUCAGAACUCUACUCAGCACAAUUAUGUGUGAAGCUGAAUAUUUGUACAGUGCCCACAGGGUAGAAUUAGGAUCCUUUUAUACUUUGGUUUUCUUUUUUCUUUUUCUUUUUUAUCAGAAUCAAGUCUGAGCCUUGGUUGCCGCUGCCCAGAUGCAGCAGCUGCCGGCGGUGGCCAUACGAGUGGGCCUGGGGGCUGGUGGGUUUGGCAGCGGGCCUGAUAGAUUCAGGAUAUUCUGGUGGCCAGGCCCAGUGGCUCCCCAGGCUGGGCUGGGCUGGGCUGGGGCGGGGGCGGGGGCUGGGGGGGCAGUCUACAUCUCACAGGAUGAACCAGCAGCUAUGACCAAGGUUCUCAGGAGGGGGCCCAGGGAGUCAGGAGCACUGGCAGCCUCUGAAGGAUUUUGUGGGCAGUUGGCUCUGAGCGUGGCUGGCCCUCAUCCACGCACAAGCUGCAGAACCAAUCCCUCUGCAUGAAGCCCAGUGCCUGGGGCUGGGGUCACCCUUCAUGGAACCCUGCUGAUCCAUUCGAGGCCCCUGAAAUGACCCCAGCUCCAGGCAAGAAGCCCCAAGAAGGAAUGAUGUUUGGUUGGAAUUGUGGGCCUGCACUUCUGACCUCUACAGGAAGAUCCUCCUUGUAGUUACCAGGCUGGAAGUUGGGCCAAGGGUGGGGCUGGAGCUGGAGCAGGGCUGACUGCCAUCUGGGGGGCGCCUCUCCAGGCCCCCUGGGGCUGUCUGCCCCAUACUACCGCUUCCCGAGUGGGAGGGUCUUCUGCCUGAGGGCGGAGGCCAGGUUUCCAGGCACCUGACUCUGAGAGUCAGCCUCGAGCCAGAAACUGCAGGCCCUGGCUGUAGUACAAAGGGGCUGUGUGACCUUGGAGAAGUCCACUCCCCUCUCUGAGCCUCUACUCCCUGUCCGGAACCAGAGGACUGGAGCAAGGGGUUCCCACAGGCUCUUCCAGCAGGACCUCGUCUUCGCCUGUCCUGCUCGGAUGCUGGCCAGCCCAGGCACAUCCCCCAGUGUGGACACUGGACUGGGAAAGGGGCAGGCCCCUCUGGGAACAGCCAGCAGUUGGCCUCAGAACCUGGACCUUGCCUUUCUGUAUGUGAGCCCACAUCCCGGGAACACUUGACCUUUGCCAGACACUUUGCAGUUCUGAAGGAGGAGAUAGCGUGGGUGGCUGUGCCUACGUGGGGCCCCACACCCACAUGCCACCUCUUACCGUGCACUGGCCUCCGGGGCCACGUGCUGCUGGCUCCUGUCUUCUCCCACCUGUGGGCUGGGAAGAGGAGAGGUCGGCAGGGGCUCUGCAGAGGGAGGGGGAACGGGGCAAACAAAGAGGAAGCGUGGGCCUCAUUGGACCCCUCUCCUGGCCCCAACUGGACUGGAGCCCUCAACAUUGCAGCCUCAGGGCCUCCCUUCCCCUGGUGACUCCACCUGGGGAGACACGCCAGCUGGGAGACACGUGGCUGGUGGUGACACAGGUGCAGGAGAAGGCUAGUGCAGGGCAGCGAGGGUGUGGCCACGGGCGGCUUUCACCAUCCUCAGUGCAGGGGUGCUUGUGGUAACGUGGGUCUUCCACAGGCAUGGACACCAGGCGCCCCCUCAGAAGCCCCUGCUGCCCUCACUUGCCAGCCAGGCCCUGCUAUUUCUGCAGGAUGCUGCCCUGAGGGACCCCCUCCCAGUGCCCUCAGGAGCGGCACCCCCUGCCCCUGACCAAUCAGGAAAGGGUGAAAGCAGAGCAAGUAGGGAGAACAAAACAGUGGAGGGAAAGGUUGCCACAGUGUGAGAGGGUCAAGUAUUUUUGAGCUAAUCCUGCCAUAAUAUGACUGUGCCAAUGACAGGCUGGGCACGUCUGGGUCCCCUUUUGAAAAGCUCUCUUCUAGCUCACCCUGCCCCACCUCUCUAUGGGUCUUUUUCUUGUCUUCUUCUUUCACUUUACCUUGAGACCAAAACUGCACACCCCAGCCCCACUCCCACCCCCUCUGGAGGCCUGGAAGAGAUGGGGUCUCUCCGACUCCGUCUCUGUGCUGGCUGCCCUCGCCCAGCCCCACCCCAGCCCCGGCCCUGCGGCCUUGGCAUCUCAUAACCGACUUACUUUGUCUCCUGGAUGAUUUCUGGUCAUGCCCCCAAAUGCAAUUCCAGGUGAGCUAGGGGGACUCCUCUUUGGGGAGGGGAUUGGCAAAGGAUCUGUAUAGCUCAGGGUGAUGGUGGGGGUCCAGUGGGCCAUGCUGCUAAGAUAAGCCCUGGCUUGGCUGUGGAAAACACCACGAGGGAAAACUUUCUGCCAACAUCCAUCCCCCACUCAGCCGAGGCCAGAGGAAGGGACAUGGCGGACAGACUGGCUCAUGACUGGGGAGGAGGCUGAGCCGGGCCCCACAGUUAGGGGGUAGCUGGCCCAGCUGUGUCAGAACACAGGGCACCCCUGCCACCCCGGUUCUCUAGGCCUGGUGUACUGGUCCACCUUCUCCUGGUCACUUCAGACAUUCCCUCAGACUCGGGGACACCCUUCUCCCAUUUCCAGAGAACAAUCCGAUGGUGCGGGGACCAGAAGCCCAAGGUGUCUAGACGGCGGCUGGGGCAAGGUGCCUGACAGCCCCUUUCUACUUCCUGAUUGUGAGCUGGCUUGUUUUCCAUCCUGAGCCCCUGGCCUGGGAGCAGGGUGGGGGGUCCCUGAGAGAAGAAAGACCAGAGGCAAGGUGGUUUUCCAGCCCCGGGCUGGGUGUGAGUGAGGCACCAGCACACGUGCCUUAGCCACACCAAGGAGACUUUGCAGUGUCUUUUUAACCUUCUCAGAAAAUUUCUCAGUCUCUGAUUUAUGUAAUACUAAUGAGCUGUGGGCAAUAAAUGAUGGAUUUAAA